UUUGGACGGGAAACAAUGGUCUCGAAGGUAACAAAUGUUACCGCUUCACAACAAACGGCAUUGAAGGGUAUUGUCCGGAACAGUAGCUAUGUCAUACCAGGCUUGUAUGACCUUAGCACCGAGGACACCAAUUGGGUGUUGACAUCGUCCUUUAUCAUAUUCACCAUGCAGACAGGAUUUGGCAUGCUGGAAUCCGGUUGUGUUUCGAUUAAAAACGAAGUCAAUAUUAUGAUGAAAAAUGUCAUUGACAUCGUGUUGGGUGGCUUUACAUAUUGGCUGUUUGGUUAUGGCAUGAGUUAUGGCCGCGGAGCUUUGUCAAAUCCCUUUAUUGCUUUGGGAGAUUUUCUUUUGGAUCCACCCGUUGAUGAUCCGCUGAUGGGUCAGAUAUUUGCUGCUUUCCUGUUUCAGUUAUCAUUUGCCACCACAGCAACAACAAUUGUGAGUGGUGCCAUGGCAGAGCGCUGUAACUUCAAGGCCUAUUGUCUGUUUUCAUUGCUGAAUACCAUAAUUUAUUGCAUACCCAGUGGUUGGGUGUGGGGUGAACAUGGAUUCCUCAACAAUUUGGGUGCUGUGGAUAUAGCUGGCAGUGGGCCGGUACAUUUGAUAGGUGGCACAGCGGCAUUUGCUUCGGCAGCUAUGUUGGGUCCCAGAUUGGGCCGUUAUGCCGAUGGAUAUGAUCCCCUACCUUUGGGUAAUCCCGUCAAUGCAUGUAUGGGUCUCUUUGUCUUGUGGUGGGGCUGGUUGGCUUUCAAUUCGGGUAGCACCUAUGGUGUAAGUGGUGCCAAAUGGCAAUAUGCCGCCCGUGCUGCUGUUAUGACAAUGAUGGGUUCAUUUGGUGGCGGUAUCAUAAGUACCAUAUAUUCGCUGUGGCGCCAUGACGGGCGCCUGGAUAUAAUCGAUUUGAUAAACGGUGUCCUGGGUUCACUGGUCUCCAUUACGGCUGGCUGUUUUCUGUAUCGCGCCUGGGAAGCGCUAAUCAUUGGUCUAAUUGGUGCCUUGUUGUGUGUUUUGGCAAUGCCGGUUUUCGAUCGUAUGGGUGUGGAUGAUCCAGUGGGGGCCAGUGCCGUACAUGGGGUGUGUGGAAUAUGGGGCGUCAUAGCAGUAGGCCUCUUUGCCGAUAAUCCCAUACCUCUGGACACGACCAAGGGCCGUUCGGGCCUUUUCAAAGGUGGCGGUUGGUAUUUGCUUGGUAUACAAACCCUCUCCGCCCUCUGUCUCACCUGCUGGGGUAUAUGUUCCACAUUCCUCCUUCUCUAUAUUGUGAAUAAGAUCAUACCCAUUCGCAUGGACCCAAACGAAGAGCUGUUGGGUGCCGAUCUAAUGGAGCACCGUAUCAGACAUUCACAAAUUGGUCUAUCUCGUGCCAUCUCGGCUUUGGCACCGCUGAAAGUUGAUCUCAAUGAGGUUGCCGGUGUCCAACCGAUUGGCUUGAAUCCUGGCCAUGAAAAAUCAUUGGCCCAGCUAAGGGCGGCCGAUGACAAGCUACAACAAUGGCAAUCUUAUCUGGAGCAAAUGGGACCAAGUGUUCCAAAGCCUCAUCAUAACAAUAAUGAUGACUUCAUCUUGCGCAGCGAAUACAAAUCACCCACGAAGCGCCGCAGCAGUAUCGGAAAUGUUUUUAGUCGAAAAUCGAAAACGGUUCACAUCAACACUCAGCCGCCGGCAAAUAUUAACGAGGAUGGUGGCUACUAUAAGCCGAGUAAUAAGGAAUUGCCGAUAAUAUCGAAUAAGGAUAUGAUGAAUAAUAAGGACAAGGAUACAAAUUUUGCUUGGCUGGAUUAGGGGUGAAAAAUUACAGACACAUUCUAACUAAACACAAAAUGUGUGGGAUAAUUGUAGAUGAAUAAAAAAAUUGUAUAACUUUCUGUAGAAUA